GAAAAGUAUAACAUGUGAGUAGAUUGUCAGAUUGCUUUUACGUUAAUGACAAUGUCAUUUAUUAGUUUUUGGUUAUGUUUUUAGUCGGUGAUUGAAAUAUGAUUUUAUGUUGAGAUUUCUGAAUGUUUUGAAAUCAAAUUGAAAUAUUGAAUGAUAAUUCCCAAUUUCUUGCAUUAAAAUGAAUAAGCAGGUGAUAUUUGCUCUUGUAGCCAUAAAUUUCAUUGCAAGUACUGAGUCAGAUGAAGUGUUGGGCUGUGGAGGAUUUCUAAAGAGUCAUGUGCCAAUUGAUUUCUCAAAAGUUGAGGUUCAAUUAAUAACCAAGCAAGGCAUUGUAAAGGACAAAACAAGUGCAGCUCCGAAUAAUGGUUACUACUUCUUACCUCUGUAUGAUAAAGGAGAUAUGAUUCUAGAGCUGUCUCCACCCCCAGGUUGGAGUUUUGAACCUACAAGAGUAGCACUCUCUAUUGAUGGAACAAGUGAUCUAUGCAGCCAAGGAAAAGACAUAAAUUUUGUUUUCCAAGGUUUUGGUAUCACUGGUAGAGUUGAAAGCAUGGGCAGUGAAGGUGUAAGUGGCCCUGAAGGUGUCAUAGUACAGCUAGAUUCCAGUGGAGACAGGAGGAGCACUACAACUGAUAAAAACGGGAAUUUUUUCUUCACCCCAGUUUUCCCAGGAAGUUAUAAAGUUGCCAUUUCUCAUCCAAAGUGGAAGAUAUUGAAGAAAUCAGUGGAUGUGAAAGUUGCUGAAAGUAAUGCUGAAUUACCGAAGAAUAGUUUAGUUAUAGGUGGUUAUGAUGUUUCUGGAAUGGUAAGAAGUGAAGGACAACCAGUCAAAGGAGCUUUUGUGAUUCUUUAUUCUAGCAAGAAUCAAAAUGUACCAGUUGAAGGAUGCAUUAGUGGGCCUCUAAAGGAUUAUCCAACAAAAAAUAAUUACUUAUGCUAUGUCAUUACCAAUGAAAAUGGAAAAUUUACAUUUGAAUCACUGCCAAAUAAUAGAUAUUACAUAGUACCAUUCUACAAAGGACAAAACAUAUAUUUCCAACCAGAGAAAAUUGAUUUUGUUGUCAAUCAUGACAGUUUGGAACUCCAGCAAAGUUUUGAGAUAGUGGGCUUCAGUAUAACAGGAAGAGUAUUGAGGUCAAGUAAUGUCCCAAUCAGCAAUGUCAAAAUGUUUUUGAAUGGUCAGGAAAUUGGUAAGACUGACUCCAGUGGCAACUACAAACUUGAAAAACUGAAAGCAGGAGCUUACAAAAUCAGAGCAGAAGCUGAGGAUCUGAUUUUUGAAGAAGUUCUAGUUCAAAUAAACCCAAGUUCUCCUGAGCUACCAAAUAUCAUUCCCUCUGCCUUUAAAGUUUGUGGAAUGGUUACAAGUGACCAUUCCCAAAUAGUGACAUUCACCAAAUUUGGUAGUACAAAGUUUAUUCAAACUGAAACUUCAAAUAUAGAUGGAAGUUUUUGUCAGUAUCUAUUGCCAGGAAAAUAUGAUGUUCAGGUUGUUGUUGAUGAAGAGGAGAAACAAAGUGGCAUACAAUUUUUCCCAUUGAAGCAGACUAUUGAAGUUACUUCAGAGAAAAUUUCAAAUAUUAUGUUUUCACAACUUAAAUCAACAAUUUCUGGAAGAGUCAUAUGUUUACAACAAGAAGAGUGUGAAGGUAUUACUGUGGUUUUGAAAACUGGAAAUGAAAAUGAAGUUUUAGUGAAAAUUAAAGAUGGUUCUUUUACCGUGAGUGAUAUGCAUCCAGGAAAUUAUGAAAUCAGCUUGCUAUCAAACAAAUACUGCUGGGAAACUAGCAAACAAACUGUUGUAGUAGAUGCUGCAAUAAUUGAAGUACCUCCUUUCAUUCAGAAAGGAUAUAUUUUAAAUUUCAUCUCUUCCCACCAUACCAAAGUGAAUGUAAAAAAUAAGGGUCUACCAUCAAUAUCUUUUGAAAUCCCGAAAGGCAGAUCUAGCAGGUGCUUAGAAAAACCUGGGGAAUAUAAUUUUGAAAUGGAAAGCUGUCAUAGCUACAUGCCUAAAACUAUUUCAUACAAAACGGACUCAGAAUCUAAUGAAAUCCUCUUGUCUGCUCAUAAACACACUCUGAAAUUAUCCAUUGAAGCUGCGUCUGACUUCGGGAAAUUACAAGUGUCUGUGAAAAUCGGGACUGACAAAACAGAGAGACAUUUGUCAUAUAGAAAUGGUGUAUAUGAAUUGGAUAUUCUACUGGAACCAAGGGAGACUGCAGUGGUUGUCCCUCAAUCUGAUGUACUUUUCUUCAGCCCUCCUAUUCUGUCGGUAGACGGUAGGGAUGAUUGUGUUGAUUUAGGAGUGCAAUUUGUCACAACAAGAGGUAAGAUCUUUGAGGGUAAAAUCAUUCCACCUCUACCUGGAGUGACUGUCACUGUUGAAAGUUCAGACACUGAGAGUUUGGUGAUAGAAACGGACUCGAGCGGUGUUUUCAAAUUCCCACCAUUGGACAGCAAGAAAGAUUACACAAUAACUGCCAAGAAGGAAUCAUUCGUACUUACCGGGCCAGAUGCCAGUGGAAACUUCAUGGCGCACAAGUUAGCCGAAAUUAUAGUAGAAAUUGUCGAUGGAUCUGAUAAUAUCCCUCUAUCGGGUGUGCUGUUAUCUUUGUCAGGUGACGAGAAUUAUCGAAAGAACUUGCAAAGUGGGGAAAAUGGACAAAUUUCUUUCAAUUCUCUGAGCCCCAUGGAAUAUUUUUUGCGCCCCAUGAUGAAAGAGUACCAAUUUGAACCGAAAUCGAUGACUAUACCAGUUCAAGAAGGUCAGACUGUAAAUGUUAAGCUCUUAGCAAAGAGAGUAGCAUUUAGUGCCUUUGGACAAGUGGUUUCCCUGAAUGGAGAACCAGAAGACAAUAUGGUGAUAGUGGCAUCUGGAGUGGGAAAUUGUAGUCAGUACUCAGAAGAAACCACUUGUGAAUCUACAGGGCAGUUCAGGAUCAGGGGGUUGCAGCCCUAUUGCUCUUACAGGGUGGUCGUUAAAGGUAGCCUCAAUGAGGAUUACAUUGUGGAGAGGACUGCUCCGGAAUAUAUCAAAAUUGAUGCUAUCAAGGCGGACGUGAGAGAUCUCCGUCUUAUCAUUUUCAGGCCAGCAUCCCAAAUGGACAUCCUGGUCAGGAUUUACGCAGAGAAUAUCGAUCAUUAUAAAUCUCUCAAGCUUAAAUUGGCAAGAGAAUCGGGUUCCUCUGCUGUGAUUCAAACAGUCAAAGUUGAUUCUUUGUCUCUCAGGCUCACAAAAGCUAUAAACCCUGGUAUUCUGGUUCAUCUUUCCUCGGUGCCUAUAGACAAUAAGCUCUACACCGUUCAAUUAGAAUCCAGUUUCUUGCAGAGUACAAAGUAUCAGCCUCAAUUGUACCAUUUUGGUGCAAAUGAGUCGUUUAAGCUUAUUGAGUUCCAUGUAUCUGUGAAAGAUAAUAUUUCUGAGCAACCUAUCAAGCGUACCUCCAUUUGGAGCUUAUUGUUUAUUUUUGCAGUAUUAUGUGCAGCGUAUAAUAUAGAAGUUGUUGGUAGUUUCUUGAAGGAGAAAUUUAAUUUCAAUAUCAGUGCUCUGACGAACUUGAUUCCGAAAAUUUCAAGCAAUGACAAGACUCUGAAUGAUGAUUAUUAUGAUGCUCAGAUCGAUCAAAUCGUUCAGAGUAUUAAUAAUGCUAAAAAGAAACCUAAACCAAAGAAGAUUUAGGAAUAUAAUUUCAUUUCUUUCAUUUAGUGUAUAUUCACAAAUUGAUGUUGAAUAUGAAUUUUAUAAUUUAUUUGUUCAAGCAAAAGCAGUCUAAAAGUUGUGCAGGUUAUGUGUUCUUGUUAAGAAAUUACGUCUCAAAAUAAAUUUGUUGAAAAAAUUCUUCACGAAAG